AUGUUGCUCCUUAGGUUAUUGGCUCAGUAUCCCGUACGAUGUGGUAAAAGGUACAUCCGCCGUUUGGGUAGUGUUCCCUUCCAGGAUGAUUUGGAUCCUUUGGAAGACGAAGCGUUUGGCUUGGAAGAUUUCAAGCACUACGAGCCAACAGAACAAACUCGUAAGCAGCUUAAGAAUAUUGAAACUGCAGUUUCAGCUUCUGAUUCAGUUCAAGAGCAUGUACAGCCAUCUGGACACAGAGAUCUCGAGGCCAUAUCUAAAAUAAGGUCCCCGCUUGCUGUAGUAUCUAAGUUGUCCAACCCGUUCCUCAAUCUCGCGAUUGAAGAUUACAUCUACAACAAUAUGCCCUUUAAAAACACCCAGGACAAGAAGGCAACAUUUAAUAGACUAAUGUUCUACGUCAACUCUCCCUGUGUGGUUAUAGGGAAGAAUCAAAACCCCUGGAAGGAAGUCAACUUGCCACUAUUGACGUCCCUACGCAUCCCAUUGGUUAGGAGGAAAUCCGGUGGUGGGACUGUAGUCCACGAUAACGGCAAUGUGAAUUUUUCAUUUAUGACAUCAAAGCACCAGUUUGACAGAUUCACCUUCGCUAACGUGGUAGUAGACUCCGUCAAUGCAGAUAAAGACUCGUCCGCAGUCAAAUUGAAAGUAAAUGAGAGAGGCGAUAUAGUGACUGAUGUAGAUUCGUUAAAAGUGAGUGGGUCUGCCUACAAGGUUUCCAAAGGGAAGUCUUAUCACCACGGAACCAUGUUGCUUAAUCUGAGGCUCGAUAUUCUUGGCCAAUUGCUUCAUAGAGAUGAGGAAAAGUUGGGGGUUGUAGAUGCAAUGAACUCAAUUAGCUCUGUCAAAUCCAAGGUUGCAAACAUAGGCUUAAGCAAUGAAACGUUUAUUGAGAUAGUGACCAAAGGGUUUGGUAAUAUGGUGACCAGAGAUGAGGAGCUACUUGAAAAUCCUAAGGGGCCUGCUGAAUCUAAAAAAGAAGUCUCUGAGGAAGAGCCUUCGGAGAUUGAUAGUUUCAAUGAAAUGUUUAACUUGUCUGACUUUGCCCAGUCGAGUUCAACGCCAGUAUCCACUCUUUCAAUACCCACGUUUGUCAUAGAUUCCAAUGUCACCCUUCCACAAUCCAUAAUAGAUGAGGCUGAAAGCUUGAAGAAAUGGGGCUGGAUCUAUGGAAACACUCCAAAGUUCGCUCAUACUUUAACCAACGAGAAGUUCAAGUUUUCUAUAAAGUUUAACGUAGACAAGAAUGCCGUGAUUGAAGGCUUUGAAUUGGCCUUCCCGGAAGACGAUACCGGCAUCCUUUCCAAGGAAAAGAUCCAAUCAAGUUUCGAAUAUCUCGACCAAGUUAUCCAGCAAGGGAAGGAUCAAGCUGUGGGGGAAAGAUUAAAAUACACAGGAAGUGGAGUAGCUGGGUUUAUCAUCAACGAUAUGAUCAGCGAUUGGAUUGGAGAGAGUAUAGAUGGAACUAGUUAA